AUGCUGCAGCAGAUCCUGCAUGACAUGUACAUCGACCCCGAACUCCUUGCUGAGCUCAGUGAUGUGCAGAAGCACAUUCUCUUCUACAAAAUGCGGGAGGAGCAGCUGAGGCGCUGGAGGGAGCGUGAGGCUUGGGAGGCCCUGGCCCAGGCAGAGGGCCUCAGGCCCCCGAAAGUCAAGCGAGCAGCAAGCGACAAGCACAUCCAGUGGCUCCUGGGGGCAGAUGGUGACGUCUGGGUCUGGAUCAUGGGAGAAGGUCCCGGGGACAAGCCCUAUGAAGAGAUCUCUGAGGAGCUGAUUGCAGAGAGGGCGCGGCUGCAGGCCCAGAGGGAGGCGGAGGAGCUCUGGAGACAGAAAGAGGCAGAAAUCACCAAGAAGUUUCGGGAUGCUCUGGCCAAUGAGAAAGCCCGGAUCCUGGCGGAGAAGUGGAAAGUGGAGAUGGAGGACCGGAAGGCUGCCAAAGUCCUGGAGGAACGCAUCCGUGAGGAGUUCAAGAGGAAAGAGGAAGAGGAGAGGAAGCGAGGGGAGGAGCAGAUUCGCCUCCAGGAAGAGCAGAGGGCGAAGGAGCUCUACUGGACCCUGAAGCAGGCCCAGCUGCAGAGCCACGCCAGCGAGAAUGAGGAGCGCGAGUGGGAGGAACAGCUGCGCAGGUCCAAGGCCGCGGAUGAGGAGAGGAGCCGCGGAGCUCAGCGCGCCAGGGACGAGUACCGGCGCCACUCACUCCGCGCCAUCCAGAAGGGCAUGGUCGCCGGCCUCAGCUCCAUGUUCCGAGAGCUCGGCCAGAGCCAGGAGCAGGAGGCCAGACUCUACCACCACCUGCCAGGCCCCGGGCCUCCGCCUCCCCUUGCCAUACCUGUCAGCAGGACCUGGGAGCGCCCACUGAGGCCUGUCUCCAGAGAAGUCAUAGUCCGCUGGUUUAAGGAGGAGCAGCUGCCUCGCCGAGCCGGCUUUGAGAGGAACACCAAAUCUAUCGCCCCCUGGUUCCAUGGAAUUAUUAGCCGAGAAGAUGCAGAAGAUCUCCUCGAGAACAUGACAGAGGGAGCAUUUUUGGUCCGGGUCAGUGAGAAAAUCUGGGGUUACACCCUCUCCUAUCGCCUGCAGAAAGGGUUCAAGCACUUUCUUGUGGAUGCCUCUGCGGACUUUUACAGCUUCCUGGGAGUGGACCCCAAUCGCCAUGCAACGCUCACGGAUCUCAUUGAUUUCCACAAGGAGGAAAUUAUCACUGUUUCAGGGGGAGAGCUGCUGCAGGAACCCUGUGGACAGAGGGACAGCCCACCAGACUACCAUCUGUUAUUUGAGUGAUUUUUUUCCCCUUUACCAGUUGAAUUUCUUUGGGUAUCCAUUUUUUGAACUCAACUUAAGAACUUCCUGGCUCAAAUCCUUAUGGCCUUCCGGAAGAUCCACCACCACCAGCCAGAGGAUUAAGUAGAUUAGUAUGUCUCAAAGGAUAUGAAAUAUACGUGCUAUUGGUCCCCAUCCCUGUGCCGAGGACAGAAAUUGCUAUUAGCUGAUGCAGCUCUUUCAAGAAGAGUUUAGUUAUGACUUCAGAGAAUGAAGCCUAUUUGCCAUGGCCACCCUAAGCUGAGCCCUCAGAGCACAUGGGUCAUGUUUUAAUAAUCCAAAAUAAUUCCA